UCGGAAUCAGGCUGUCAUAAAUAGAACCUCUUAUUCCUCCCACACACUUUCCUCUUUCCCAAACAUUCUCUCUCUCUCUCUCUAGGGAUUCGCCAACCUCACAACAAACCCUCGCUUCCCAAGCAGGAUGGUUUGAGUUUUCAUUUACCCGCCGCGAUUCGCCGCCGUUCAAUUGUGUUCCGCCGCCAGUCGCUUUUCUGAUCCGGAUUUCUAUGUCAUGGAGGACAACAUAUCAGCUGCCACCUUAAUGGACUCGACUGCCUCUAAGAUACAACAACUUCAGAAAGCAUUUGCUGAACUUGAAAGUCAUCGAGCCGUUACACUCAAUCUGAAAUGGAAACAGCUUGAAGAGCAUUUUCAUGGGCUUCAAAAAUCUUUGAAGAGACGUUUCACCGAACUAGAAGAACAAGAAAAGGAGUUUGAAACCAAAAUAGUUGAAUCCAGAGAGAUGUUGGAGAAGCGUAAAGCAGCGGUUGUGGCUAAGGAGCAAACCUCACUUGAGAGGCUUCAAGAGAAGCGAGAUGCUGCUGUCUCGGCCAUUUUGACUGCUAUGGAGAAGCACGAGAAGCCAUUUUCUGUUGAUUUAGGUGUCAGUAAAAGUGAGAACCAAGUUGAAGCACCAUUUCUGUCCGAAAAAACCCCUGAUGCAUUAGUUGAUGUGGUUAUCAAAAAGCCUGUUGAAAAUAUGAAUGUUCAGGUGAAGUCUUAUCCAGAGCUGGUAAAAUUGUGCCAAGAGAUGAAUACUGAGGGACUGCAUAAAUUUAUAUCAGACAACCGCAAGGACCUUGUUACUUUGAGGGAGGAAAUUCCCAUUGCUUUAAAGGCUGCAUCUGAUCCUGCCUCUCUGGUUCUAGACUCACUUAAGGGUUUCUAUGCCACAGAUAUGCCAAAUUCAGAUGCUAGAAAAGACUCAAAUCUAUUAGGCCUCCGUCGGACCUGUAUCAUGCUGAUGGAGUGCCUUAGUGGUUUAUGCCUAAAUCUGCACGUGGACUCUAUUUCUGAUAUUAUCUCAGAAAAUGCUAGGGAGCGAGCAAAGGCUAUUGCUGAAGAAUGGAAACCGAAGUUAGAUUAUCUUGAUGUUGAUGCCAGCAACGGAAAUUCCUUAGAGGCUCAUGCUUUCCUACAACUUCUGGCUACUUUUGGCAUUAAUUCAGAUUUUGAUCAGGAGUGCUUGUCUAAAUUGAUACCCAUGGUUUCUCGCCGUCGACAAACAGCUGAAUUAUGCCGUUAUCUUGGCUUAUCAGACAAAAUGCCAGGUGUGAUUGAUGUGUUGGUAAAGAGUGGAAGACAGAUUGAUGCUGUUAAUUUAGCUUUUGCAUUUGAGCUUACUGAUCAGUUUUCACCUAUUUCAUUGCUGAAAUCCUACUUGUCUGAGGCCAAAAAAGUGCAAUCAGCUGCCAAACCUGGAAAUACAUCUCCUGCUGCCUCUGCACAGAGUGAUGUGAACGAGAAAGAGCUGACCGCACUUAAAGCUGUGAUUAAGUGCAUUGAAGAUCAUAAGCUGGAGGAGCAGUUCCCCGUGGACCCACUCCAGAAACAGGUUCUUGAAAUCGAGAAAGCAAAGGCAGACAAGAAACGAGCAACAGAGGUUGCGAAACCACAGUCCAAAAGACCCCGUGCUAACAGUGCUGCACAUGCACCUCGAGUUGCAAACCUAGCCACCGACAAGAACUUCUAUGGUAGAACGACGACUGAAAGGUACCCUCAAUAUGUUUAUGAGAGGCCAUAUGCUUAUGUCGGCCCAGCUGACCACCAUGUUCCAUCGUACGUCGGCCCUGCAACUUAUAACUUCUCUCCAAAUCAUGGAAACUUCUUCGGAAAUGCCUACCCGUACCAGACUGCCUACCUGCACUAAUCAGUAGAGAACGCUGAGACUGAUCAUGAUCUGUUAACUACUAGUGUUGACCGACUCUUUCCAGUUUGUUCGACGUUCAACUUAUCAGCAAAUCUAAUAUUUGAACAAAAAAACGUUGUUAAUUUCUAGUCUGUUGUAAAAGCUAAUAUCAACUGUCUUCUAAUAGAUGCACUGUUUCUAAUGUUUAUAAUGUUGCGUUA